GAUGGAACCUAGAUCCCUCGACAUGGGAAGUCCAUGGUCACUGUUUUUUUUUUUUUACUCAGAUGCAAUGGUUUAAAAAAGGAGGGUCAAGGCUGAGCAUGUCGUGGGCCGGUCACAUCCUGAAUAAAUAGGGCUGGAGCUUGCGGAGUGACACUGCUCAGGCUUUCCGGAGCUUACAGUUAGUUAUUUUUCCUUGGAAAGCAUUCUUCAGAUUUUUCUUCCUUCAAGAUGUUUCCUCUGGAGGAGAUCACACCCAACACUUGCUCCGGUUACCGGGAUCAACGUGGUCACACACUUCUUUACAACAUCUUGAGCGGGCGGGCGAGUGGCUACCUCAACACCAAACUGAACCACAACACCACGGCACACAACUGCCGCUGUGAGCAGAGGAGGACGGUUUGCCUGAAGGACCCAAAGGCCACCUGCCAAGUUGCCUCCAGCGUGCUGGUCAAAACCAUCCACUUUGUAAGAAGUUUACCCUCCUUUAAUCAGCUUCCAUCAGGAGAUCAGUCAUCAUUGUUAAGACACUGCUGGGUUCCUUUAUUUGUGCUGGGGCUUGCCCAAGAAAAGAUAGCGUUUGAAGUGACUGAUGCACCAAAUUCAAGUAUCCUGAGGCAGAUUUUGCUGGGACCAGGACUUACUGAAAAAGAAGCUGAAAGGCCAACUUUGGCUGGAGUGCACAGCCUCAGAACUUGCCUGCAUUAUCUGUGGAAUCUGGAUCUCAGUCCGAAGGAAUACGCUUACUUGAAGGGUGCUUUGUUGUUUAACCCAGCUGUUCAAGGACUGAGUGCCUCGCUGUUCAUUGUAGGUCUUCAACAGGAAGCUCAAAGAGCUCUUCACGAAGUCAUCCACCUCCUGCACCCAGAGGACAACUUUCGCUUCAGCAAUGUCCUUAAAGCCGCCUCUGCAGUCCAGACUGUCGGCCACAGCCUGGUCACAGAGCUCUUCUUCAAGCCAGUUAUUGGCAACACAAAUAUGUUACAUUUAUUAACAGAGAUGUUGUUUGUGCAAUAAGAUCGCAGUUAGUGAGACUUGAAUGCUUGAAUGUUGUAAUAUGGAAUUUUUACACAGUGAACAUAGUUGACAAGCACAUGAAAUAAACCUUUUAAUACCUUCCUCAGCUUUAUGAAGCUAUGACCUGAUCCUUAGAAGGAAAUGCAAUCUCUGACUCCCUCAUGUGGUCAUAAGUGGCAAACAACAGGCAAACAAUUUCCUUGUUCUGUUUCACUUCAUUUACUUUAUUGUUUUUACAAUGAGACAGCAGUAAAAGGGUGGCCUACACAUACCUUUGCAGAGAAUAUAAAGCAUAGUACCCUGGUAAAUGGCCCAAGCAUUACUUUUUGGAAUUUGAGAAUACAAUCUUAUGAGCAAAUGGAAAGAAAUUGCUUCAGACCAUUAAACACAUUUAGUGGAAUAAGAAGUGUACAGUAGGAUAGUUACAAUUAACAAUUUAUAUGACACAGAUACAUUCAUCACUUCCUAAAUAGUCCAGUUGCAUAUCGGCUUCUUGCACAAAACCAGAGCAACCAGUUUCACACCACUUCAUUAUAACCACGCUGGUGUUGCAGCCACAUUCUUGACACAUAAACAUAGAUCCAAGAGAGUGCAAUCUGGACAAUUAUACCACAUUUACAAUAUGUGUAUUAACUGAAGGCAUUACAAUAGGGUCCUUGAACAACAACCAUAAUCUAAUGCUGAUAAGAAAUACACAGAGCUGAAUAAAUUCCACUGAGUCACCUGGCCAAAUUCCCAUCAGCACCCAGAAGCAAACACAGUGAGCACAUUAAGGUAAGAACCCAGAUCAGACAUUCACUUCAUGAGUCAGCUUGAAUUAGAGUCACUGAUAAAUUACAGUCAUAGUACAGGAUAUAACCUAAAGUCUAGCUGCAGUUCACACCAGCUUUCAAAGCAUCUUUAAAUUACAGACAGGACGGCCACAAACAGCUCCCAGAAUGCAUUAAACACCUGGUUAACCUAAAACUUAAGAGCUUAACCUGCUUCAUAUAUAUUUCAUGUUACCGAAUAGCUCUAGUAGUAAUCAUAUUUGGAAAAACAAACAAACUGUAGGUACACUGUAUGAAAAUAAUAGAAGUCACAAAAGAAAAUCCCCUGAAUUUUGACAUUAAAAAACAAACAAACUCAAGGUUCACUCACAAUAUGUAGCUUGCGCAGUUCUGUAGCUUUCAACUUGUUUUUUCUCUGUGGAAAAAAAAACACUUUACUUGCUAAACUUUACUUACUUAUGUUGAAAAAUUGCUGGUUAGCUUAACUUAGCACAACGACUGGCAACAAUGUGAAACUGCUGGCUCUGCUCUUUGAAAGCUCAUUCAUCAACGUGUUUGAUCUAAUUUUUAAGUACAAAAACAGAACCAUAAAAACAACUAAUUGUUGCCAAGAAAUAGUUGGAUGCAUAACUGGCCAUAAAACCACUUUAUCAUUUAUACACUUUGGUUAUUGUUGGAAUAUGCUAAUAAAAUAUAACAUGUUAAUAAAUGAGCAAUAGAAAUAUUAUGUGACUGAUCCCAGCUAACCAUUUCCAGCAUGUAUGCUAAACUAAGCUAACUGGCUGUGACCUUUAACUCUCUGCAAGAGAGCAAAUAAACAUUUUUCCCAAAAUGUACAGCCAGAUUCCAUGUUAUUAUAACAAGACUUUGAAUCAUCACAUAAAUUGGCUUUUUUCCUUCUGCCAGUUAUUGCUACUUCAUUCUUUUACUUUU